GUGGCAACAGAAGUGUUUGUGGAACCAUCACAGGUAAGUGGAAGAAGUCCCAGGUCCUCAAUGGCCCUAAUCCUUACACUCCAUAGUCCUGACACACAGAUACAGGGCCAUGUCACCUUUGAGGAUAUUGCUGUGUACUUCUCCCAGGAAGAGUGGGAGCUCCUUGAUGAAGCUCAGAGAUGCCUGUAUCAUGCUGUGAUGCUGGAGAACUUUUCACUUAUGGCCUCAGUGGGUUCUUGGCAUCUAGUAGAGGCUGAGGAGGCCCCUUCUGAUCAGACUGUUUCCACAGAAAACGUGUCACAGGCCAGGACUCCAAAAGCCAAUCCUUCCAUCCCAAAUACUUAUCCCUGUGAGAUGUGUGUCCUGAUCAUGAAAGACGUUUUGUACCUGGCUGAACACCAAGGAACAGUUCCUGGGCAGAAACUGUAUACUUGCGUGGCAUGUGGGAAACAGUUUCCAUUUAUUUUGAACCUACACCAGAACAGUGGAGAGAAACACAUCAGAAGGGAAGAGAACAGUGAUUCGCUUCUGAAUGGCUCUACAAUCUCUGUGUUAGGCAAUCUUUUUGCAUACAAAGAUGUUGACAAUAAUUUCCUAGCCAGCCUGGGCCUUCUCCAGCACUAUACCAUCUCUAAUGGAGAGUAUCCACAUAGAAGCAGCGAGACCUUUCAUACUCAACAAGGGCAUUACAAAUGUAGCAAAUGUGAGCAAGUUUUCAGUGAGAAGGUUCAUGUUAUUGAGCAUCAGAGAGUUCACACUGGAGAAAAGGCAUCUAAACAUAGUGAAUGUAGGAAAUCCUUGAGGUCUAAAUACUCACUUGAACACCAGAGAAUGCAUAAUGGAGGAAAGCCUUAUGUGUGCAAUGUAUGUGGAAAAUCAUUCCGUCACAGACAAUCAUUUGUUGGUCACCAACGGAGAAUCCACACUAGAGAGAGGUCUUACGUGUGCAUUGAAUGUGGGAAAUCCUUGAGCUCCAAAUACUCACUUGUUGAGCACCAGAGAACCCAUAAUGGAGAAAAGCCUUAUGUGUGCAAUGUAUGUGGGAAAUCAUUCCGUCAAAAACAAUCGUUUGUUGGUCACCAGCGAAGAAUCCACACUGGAGAGAGGCCUUAUAUGUGCAUUGAAUGUGGGAAAUCUUUCAUCCAUUCCUAUGAUCACAUUCGACACCAGAGAAUUCACACUGGAGAAAGGGCUUAUGAAUGCAGUGAAUGUGGGAAAUCCUUCAUUUACAAACAAUCACUUCUCGAUCACCAGAGAAUCCACACUGGAGAAAGGCCUUAUGAGUGCAAUGAAUGUGGGAAAGCUUUCAUCCACAAAAAAAGACUUCUUGAGCACCAUAGAAUCCACACUGGAGAAAAGCCUUAUGUGUGCAUCAAAUGUGGGAAAUCAUUUAUUCGAUCCUCUGACUACAUGCGACACCAGAGAAUUCACACUGGAGAAAGAGCUUAUGAGUGCAGUGAAUGUGGGAAAGCCUUCAUCUCUAAACAAACACUUCUUAAGCACCACAGAAUCCACACAAGGAAAAAGCCUUAUGAAUGUAAUGAAUGUGGGAAAGGCUUCUACCUUGAGGAUAAACUUCUUCAGCACCAAAGAAUACAUGCCAGAGAAAAACUUUAUGAGUGCAGUGAAUGUGGGAAAGCCUUCAGCCACAAAAAACUUCUUGAGCACCAGAAAGUUCAUACUGGAGAAAAGCCCUGUGAAUGUACCGAAUGUGGGAAGUGCUUUAGAUACCACACCAGCCUCAUUCAACACCAGAAAGUUCACAGUGGAGAGAGGCCUUAUAAUUGCACUGCAUGUGAGAAGUCUUUCAUUUAUAAAAACAAACUUGUUGAGCAUCAGAGAACCCACACUGGAGAAAAGCCUUUUGAGUGCAACAGAUGUGGAAAAGCUUUCAACAAAAGGUAUUCACUAGUCAGGCACCAGAAAGUUCAUACAAGAGAAUGAUCCUAGCCAUUGAGGGGUUGUACUAUUCCCUUGUUUACCAUAACACACCAGAGAGAAGAUUUUUCAAUUGAACUGUUAGAAGUUGAACCUUGUACAUCUAAAGAUCAGUAGUUAGAUUCACUACAAGGUCCAGGUAUUUGGGAAACUUUUUGGAGCUAACUUCUACUUUCUAGUCUGCCCAGCAUUGCAGCAGCCACUACCAUGUGGUAUAUUCCCCAUAUUGUCCAUCAGUCAUUCACAUAUGCUCAAGGAAUAUCAAAUCCUGAAGGGAAUCAUGAAUAUGGAGCCUAUUGAGUAUUUCCUCCAUCCUACCAAACUGAGACAUAGACAAGAACCACCUUUGGCCAAGAAGAGCACUCUGGGUUCUAGCAACCUGUGGAGGUUUACCUUCUUCCUGGAUAUUGUUUUUUCCUUUUCCUUUUUUUUUUUUUAAAUGUGAUCACUGUGGUAGGAGUUUUCUUAUUCCACUCAAGAGUAUGUGCUUGUGUGUGUGUUCUGCCAAUGUGAGGGGUAAACAACCUUUGUAGGAACUUCAACUUUGUGUGACCUUAAUCAUGUGGUGUGGAUGCCAUACUUAUUUGUAGCUCCAGAGGUCUCACUGAAAAGAGACAUUUGUAACAAACUCAAGUGCUAGAAUCUGUAUGAAUUGGUUUUUUUGUUUCUAGUGAUGUCCCAUAUAUCCUAGCACUGUUCAGGGGAAGCUGCUUCUUAGUUCCUUCAGCGUAAGUGCGCUGAAGGACAAAAUUUGGUUGAGAGAUGACUUUAAGACCUACUAGGGCCAGGUAAGAACGUAAGCCCAGAGAUGUUAGUGUGAUGGAUAAGGAGUGAAAAGAUUGCAGCCACUAGUAAAUGUGUCCCCUUCUAAGGGUACAUCUUGAAAUGUUGCUAUGACUUCAUGGUUUGGGGGUGUGUAGAAAUUCUCAGGACCUCCUAAGUAAGUCUUGUGUUAUCAAAUAUUCUGGCUUCCUUAAAAGAUGCAUAUUUUUGUGUGGAACCAUUUAUUUUAAAACACGGUGCAGUUUUCAAACAGAAAACUUGUCCUUCUAAGGAAGCUUGUUCAUGUGGUUUCUUGUCCAAUACUAAGUUUUGAUAUUUCCUCAUAUAAUCUCAAUAAAUCCUUGCAUUAGAAA